CGGGCCACCCCCAGGCCGCGGGGCGGGACGGCGGCCGGGACACAGGCAGCCGGACAGCGGCGGCGGCGCAGGCAGCGCUCCGGGGCCAUGGAGAAGGCGCGGCCGCUGUGGGCCAGCCCGCUGCAGUUCGUGUUCGCCUGCAUCUCCUACGCCGUGGGCCUGGGCAACGUGUGGCGCUUCCCCUACCUGUGCCAGCUGUACGGCGGAGGGAGUUUCCUGGUGCCCUACCUCAUCAUGCUCGUGGUGGAGGGAAUGCCGCUCCUGUACCUGGAGCUAGCCGUGGGACAGCGCAUGCGCCAGGGCAGCAUCGGAGCCUGGAGGGCCAUCAGCCCCUACCUGAGCGGUGUCGGCAUCGCCAGCGUGGUGGUCUCCUUCUUCCUGUCCAUGUACUACAAUGUCAUCAACGCCUGGGCCUUCUGGUACCUCUUCCACUCCUUCCAGGACCCCCUGCCGUGGUCUGUGUGCCCCCUGAACGCCAACAGCACGGGCUACGACCAGGAGUGCGAGCAGGCUUCCUCCACCAAGUACUUCUGGUACCGGAAAACCCUCAACAUCUCGCCGUCCAUCCAGGAGAGCGGCAGCCUGCAGUGGGAGCCGGCGCUGUGCCUCACCCUGGCCUGGCUGGUGGUGUACCUGUGCAUCCUCCGGGGCACGGCGUCCACGGGCAAGGUGGUGUAUUUCACGGCCUCGCUGCCCUACUGUGUGCUCAUCAUCUACCUGAUCAGGGGCCUCACGCUCCACGGAGCCACCAAUGGCCUGGUGUACAUGUUCACCCCCAAGAUGGAGCAGCUGGCCAACCCCAAGGCCUGGAUCAACGCGGCCACCCAGAUCUUCUUCUCGCUCGGCCUGGGCUUCGGCAGCCUGAUCGCCUUCGCCAGCUACAACGAGCCCUCCAGCAACUGUCAGAAGCACGCGGUCAUCGUGUCGCUCAUCAACAGCUUCACCUCCAUCUUCGCCAGCGUCGUCACCUUCUCUAUCUAUGGCUUCAAGGCCACCUUCAACUACGAGAGCUGCUUGAACAAGGUGAUUCUGCUGCUGACCAACUCUUUCGACUUGGAAGAUGGCUUUCUGACAGCCAGCAACCUGGAGCAGGUGAAGGGCUACCUGGCGGCCACCUACCCCGGCCGGUACAGCGAGGUGCUCCCGCACAUCAAGAACUGCAGCUUGGAAGCGGAGCUGGACACGGCCGUCCAGGGCACCGGCCUGGCUUUCAUCGUCUACACCGAGGCCAUUAAGAACAUGGAGGUGUCCCAGCUGUGGUCCGUGCUGUACUUCUUCAUGCUGCUGAUGCUGGGCAUCGGGAGCAUGCUGGGCAACACGGCCGCCAUCCUCACCCCUCUGACCGACAGCAAGGUCGUCUCCAGCCGCCUGCCCAAGGAGGCCAUCUCAGGUCUGCUGUGCCUCAUCAGCUGCGCCAUCGGCAUGGUGUUCACCAUGGAGGCCGGCAACUACUGGUUCGACAUCUUCAACGACUACGCGGCCACGCUGUCCCUGCUGCUCAUCGUCCUGGUGGAGACGGUGGCCGUGUGCUACGUGUACGGGCUGAGGAGAUUUGAAAGUGACCUUCAGGCCACGACCGGCCGCACUCUGAACUGGUAUUGGAAGAUCAUGUGGGCCGGCGUGAGCCCGCUGCUCAUAGUCAGCCUCCUGUUCUUCUACCUGAGCGACUACAUCCUCACGGGGACCCUGCAGUACCAAGCGUGGGACGCCUCCCAGGGCCAGCUUGUGACCAAGGACUACCCCGCGUACGCCCUGGCUGCCAUCGGGCUGCUGGUGGCCGCCUCCACCAUGUGCAUCCCCCUGGUGGCCCUGGGGACGUUCGUCCUGCGCCGCCUCCAGAGGGGAGACACAGCCCCCGUGGCCUGAGACCCAGGCCUCCCGAGGCCGCCACCGGUGGCCCCGUUUCCCAGCCACUAGAUAAAGUGGAACCUCCGCGGCUGCUUUGCAAGUACUGACUCCAGAAGCCUCAUCUCCCCGGGGCCAGAGGACCAGCGAGCGGAGGGCCCGCCUCCCCAGGCCCCGGCUGCCUCCCUGCCCACGGCGGUUUCCAGGGCCAGACUCCCACCGACAGUGGCUUCUCCUGAUUCUAGGGAAGUCCUGGGAUUAGCGCACGCUGAGCUGAAA